GAGAAACGUAAACUUUUUAAGAUUUUUUAUGGGUGAAAGCCAAAUUUACAUCUGGCAACACUGGCUGUAGCAGAAACCACAAUGGCGAAUACAUCAAGUACCGGCGUUGUGGUGCCACGAAAUUUCCGCUUACUGGAGGAGCUGGAUCAGGGCCAGAAGGGCGUGGGCGAUGGCACCAUAUCGUGGGGAUUGGAGAACGACGACGACAUGACGCUCACCUACUGGAUCGGCAUGAUCAUUGGUCCGCCUAGAACACCAUUCGAGAAUCGAAUGUAUUCGCUAAAGAUCGAGUGUGGCGAACACUAUCCGGAUGAGCCGCCGACGCUCAGGUUUUUAACUAAAGUAAAUAUUAACUGCAUUAACCAGAACAAUGGCGUGGUUGAUCAUAGAUCAGUGCCCAUGUUGGCCAGAUGGAGUCGCGAGUACACUAUAAAAACGAUGCUGCAGGAAAUCCGAAGGAUUAUGACCAUGAAAGAGAACCUGAAGUUGGCUCAGCCGCCAGAAGGAAGCUGUUUUUAGUCGACAACAUCCGUUAGCAACACAAGCGGGAACGACUGCAACUUCGACGGGAGCAACCUUCACACUCUAUAAAAAAAAAAUAUAAAAAGCAGGAAAACGCCAUCAGUCCAAGUCCAAGACCAAGGUCGUCCCCAUCCGUGGAUGGAGAUUGUGUGUGUCCGGGUGCUCCUUCGCGUUGUUCCGCCGGCAGCGAAUUAUUAUGAUUAUGAACGUAAUUGGAGAUCUAGUGCGGUUAUUGUAGCAACAACAACAACCAAAAGCAUGCUAUAUACUAUAAGUAAAAGGAACAGCAGCGAUAAAUGCGGUAGCAGAAAAGGUCGUCGUCGUCGUCGUCCCUUCCGUCAUGAAACUAUGUCAUCGUGUUUGGUUACUUUACUUCUACUUCAGUCCCAACAAAACAACCUUCUUAAAUAAGAAAUAAAACAAGAGCAGUAAGAGAAAAAUUAAAUAAUGCCUAUGAGAAAGAUGCGAAAAGUCAGUUCAGUUUAUAAUAUCUACAACAGCAACAGAACCCGUAAAAGUAAGCGUAAACUAAUCGAAACGAACAGAAAAUAUAUGCAAGCAAAGCAUGAGAAUGAGAAAAUUUAAAAGUUGAGUUCUUUGAAACGAGAGAAGCGUAAUUAUUGUUUUUUGCCUAAACUAAAAUUUAUUAAUUAUAUGCAUAAAAACAACAAAAAAUAUAUAUUAAUUUAAAUAAAACAAAACAAACAAGUCGAAGGGAAUUUUUGUAGACGGCGCCAGUACGAAGGUUUUUUUUUUUUAUUGAAGAAGCGAUCUUUUGUUGAUUCUUUUUGUUUUCGUCGAUACCUUCCUCCCAAAUCGCACGGGACGGUAAGAGAGACGCGAUUUAUAAUCAUUGACAAGUGGAAAUUAUAGAUAUAUAUACACACACACACACACACUAAGCUGAUGAGGAAAUCGAGCGGACAGAAUGAUGAACGAUGAUUAAAAUAAUACUUUAAUUUAAGCUUCUAAAUAAAACAAUUAAUCAAAUAAAAAA